AUGGCUUCUUCGUCUUGGCCUUCAACUAGGUAUGGAUCUCUCUGUCUCUCUCGCUAUGGCUUCAUUGUCUUUGAAGUGGAAGGGGCUGGAUACUUCCACUGGUAUGCUCCAAUAGAGGGAGUACAUCCUCCCUGCGUCCCCACUGUCCGAUCAAAAUCAAGCUUUUUCUUCCCUCGAUGCUUCAACGCAUACCCGUUCAACAGCGAACUGUGUCACAUAAACCCCAAAGCCACAGUUCAAAGAAGCCUCGUCGUACUCUCAAAUAUUCUUCCCCAAGCAUCCUCUACCACCGCCACAGCUAGGGUUUCGGUGGGGCCUCCAAUCUUCAUCAACAAGGUAGCACAUUUAUUGUCUUGCUCUGUAUAG